AUGCACAUUCACAUAAGACACGAACAAGCUGAAUUGUCACAAACACUGCAACUGUUGAGCGAGAAGGCGAAGCAUGCCACCGAAGAUAUUUCGAAGUUAAAGCAAAUGAAUGAUAAAGUCAACAUGAAUUGCUCAGAUUUCAAGCAGAACAUCACGGUUCAAAUCGAUGCACUUGUUGAGCAAUUACUACAGAGGAAGGAGAAAUUACUGCAGUAUGCGGAUGACGAAUGUGAAUAUAAGAAACGUAUCUUCAAAGAUCAAAUUUCUCGAUGUACCGGAAAGCUGUCGAAAACCACUGCAUUGAUACAAUUCUGCAUCGAAAUCCUGAAGGAGCCCGAUCCAGCAACAUACUUACAAGUAAGUAGCGCGCUUAUUAAUCGCACCACAACGCAAGAGUUUAUGUGGCAUAAGGAGAUGCAAACGAAACCCGAAGCAGAUGCUGAAUUCGUGUUGAAUCUUGACACGAAGCAUUUACAGUACGCAAUUCAAUCGCUUGAUUUCGCCCAGCUCAAAGUUCCAACUCCGCCAAUCAUCGACACUUCGGAAUGUGCUGCCGAAAAUAAUUCCGUGACGAUCGUAUGGCGACCACGUAAUGACGGCUGUGCAGUGGACGGUUACGUACUUGAGAUUGAUUCAGGAUCUGAUGACGGAGUUUUUAAGGAAGUGUAUUGUGGAGCAGAUACCAUUUGUACAAUUGACGGUCUGCAUUUUAACACGGUUUAUAAUGCUCGAGUGAAAGCUUUCAAUUCUGCUGGUGAAAGUUUAUACAGCGAUAUCAUUUGCCUUCAAACUGCCACUGUGGCGUGGUUUCAACUGAGCAAAUCGUCCUCUCAACACGAUAUACACCUAUCGAACGAGUGCAUGUCCGUGACGGCAAGUUCAAUGGAAUACCGUUGUAUACUCGGCUCAAUAGCCUUCUCGAAAGGUGUUCACUAUUGGGAGGUGAGCGUCGAUCGACACGAUGGCAACGGUGAUAUCGUCGUUGGUGUUGCUCAGCCGUCUAUCAAUCGGCAAACUAUGCUUGGUAAAGAUCUUCAUGGAUGGUCAAUGUAUGUGGAUGGUGAACGCUCGUGGUAUUUACACAACGAGACGCAUCACAGCCGUAUUAUUGGUGGUGUUCGUGUGGGAUCCGUGAUUGGCAUUCUACUGGACUGUGACAAAGGAACUCUGUCAUUCUACAUCAACGAUAGACAUCGAGAAUUCGAAGGGAAUCAAAUUGCAUUCAGGAAUAUGCCACGAGGACUGUAUUAUCCAGCAUUUAGCGUGAACUGUAAUGCGCUGAUAACAGUUCAUACGGGACUUGCACCGCCCGGAAGUUCGAGUAGCAGUGAGUGUAACAGUGAUGGUGAGAGGAGCUGA